ACGCGAAAGAACGUCUUCUCCAUUCGCACAUAUGUAUGUAAGUACAUAUAUGAGACAGUAUAUCCCCCACCAAAAAGUGAAUUGUCGACUGAGAGAGAGAGAGAGAGAGACAGAGACAGAAAAAGAGAGAAAGAGAGAGAUAUCUAAAGUAGUAGGACACUUCUCUCAAUCACCUGUUCAGUCGCGAUUUAAAUUUGUGCCGUACCGAAGCUUAAGUUUUAUACUUUGCAAUAUGUCGUUGCGGGCCACGUUGGUGUGCCUAUUUAUUGUUACAUUAAUCAAUCAUUAUCAGUGCACGGAUAACGUAACCGAUGUUACAGAACAAACGCAUACCGAAGAUGCGCUCGCAAAAUUAGUCAGGAUGUUUUCCAAGCCGGGAGCAUUUAAACGGAUCAAUACCUUGCUAGGUGAGAAUUCGAUCGAGGAAUCCUCGACUUCUUGUCCAAAAGGUGAAGAAGGUCUUGAGUGUAGAAGGGCGGAAGCUCGUAGAUCCGUUGAUUGUCCGGAAGGGGAUUGUUACUGUCACAAUUGUGCCGCAGCAGGUCCCGAUUUGUGGGCAUCAUGUUGUCGUGAGAGUCUAAGAUGCUGUUCACAUCUUGCAGCUGCCUGUAGAACGUGCGAUCAUCCCACUCUCUAUCCAUUUUGUUCUAAGCACUUUAAAAAGUGUACGAAUCAGAUGAACCAAAAGAAGUUAACGUAAAGACCGAUCAUAUUUAUCUCUUUUUUCCUCUUUCUCUCUCUUUCUCUCUCUCUCUUUUUUUUUCUCUAUCUAUUUUUUUAGAUUAUAAUUUUAUAACGAAUCGCAUUUGUCAUCGUCAUCGUAUUUAUAAUGAGAAUAAAUAAAUACUCGAUAUGUACUUUUACAAUUUCGUUAAAUUAUAACGAAUAUUAAGCGAUUAAAUUUAUAAAAGAAAGAUAGUAUAGUAUACUUUGAUCAUCGAGCAUUGCAUAAUCAAGUCUAUUUACAUCAAGUUUCUAAGCAUAUAUACAUAUAUAUAUACCAGGUAUCUAAUUUUAAACGAUAUCGUCAAAUAUUUUCGAUCUUAUUGGUUUUAUAAAGAAAUGUUUCAGACAAAAGUUAUCAAGUAGUUUCGAAGAGAAAAUGUAAUAUUCAUUGCAGAAAUCGAUGUUUUAAAACUAACAAAAAUUCUUGAGAAUAUUAAUAAGAUUCCAAAGGAAUAAUUUACCUAUAAUGCAUCUUUCUAUCAAUAUUUCAUCGAGUUAUGACACCUUCAAUUAUUAAUAAAUAUAUAACGAUAAGAUUUUUUUAUGAUUGUUGAAAAGUAUGAUUAUAACUUCAAAAAUAUAUAAGCAAAAAUAAAUAAAUGAAUAAACAAACAAGAAAAAAUUGAUUGCAUAAUUGCGACAGUUGCCGAGCGUUCGUUGGGUUUUUAUUGAUAUUCACUAUAAUUUUUGUUGGACUUAAAAUGUCGAUUUAAAAAAAUUUUUACGAGUUGCAUAUCUUGACAACAUCAUCCCUUAUGAGAUAAAUGCAAUAAAUAUUAUCAGUUCUUUCCUCAAAACUCAACUAAUUUUAUUUAAAACAUUUCUCUAUAAAACCCAUAGAAUAUAGUAGAUAUUUUACCAUAUCGUUUAAAAUGAAACACCCGUUAUAUAUACACGUAACAUAGUUAUAUACGUUCGUAAACCUGGUUAAACAGGUCCUGCCUGCUCAUUUGAGAAAAUUUUCGCUAGAAAAGUAGUCGAAUUAUCGUAAUGGAAGGUGUCUGGAGUAAGGCUAUGUUUUAAAAAUGGCUAUAACUAUAGAGUCGUAAAAUAUAUGUAUAUGUAAAUUUUGAAAAUAAAAUUCUUAAUAAAAUAGAUUUUAUCAUCUUAUUCGUGGUGUUGGAAAUAAAUUUCUUUGGAUAGUAAACUUAAGGAAAUAAUACGAUAAUAAUAGUGAAGAAAACAAAAUGAUUUUACGAGUUUGUCUGAUGCGUCUGCUUGCAAACAGGAGACAUUAUAUAGUAUCGUAAAUUCUUCACCGAUAAAAGUUUCGAAUAGAGAGAAAUACAAAUGAAUUUUAAAUAUGCGGGAUUUUGGAUUUAAGCAUCGAGAGAGUAUUGUGUUCGGCUAUUAAGUACACAAUAUAUUUCAAUCGUUAACGAUGUUAUAUAUAUAUAUAUAACACGCGAACUGCGUUAGUAAAAACU